AUGGGAAAUCAACCAAGUGAAUCGCUCUCAUUUCAAUGGCAAUCACGACUAACAAGGAGUAGAUCAUCAUUGAUAACAAAACCUGGACAAUUACCAAGAUUUAUUCUCAUAAAAAUUAUACCCUACUUGAAAAAUAUUUCCAAUGUAUUACACUUUGGGGCAGUUUCAAAGAAAUGUGCAACAGCAAUCAUUUUUACAACAAUUAAUCCAUUUUUUAGUUCAGAAACAUUAAUUUCUGAAUUGAAACUAUUUAGUGGUAUUAAAGUCAUAAGAACAGAUAUAUCAAAUGCUCUUAAUUUGUCACUUCCUCAAGAUAAGUUAUUAGAAAUUAAAAUGAGUUACCAUGAAAUAGAAGGAGAAAUAUCUUGGAAAAAAAUAACUAAUGGAAUAGUUAGUUUAGAACUUCAACUUUUCAAAGAAAUAGAAAUUGAUUUUAAGUCUUAUAAAGAACUUCAAAAAGUUAAAUUCAUAUUUUGGGAUGACCUUAAUGAAAAGUAUUGUGAGAAAUUUAUAGAAAGUGUUAUUUAUUGUGAGAAUUUAAAGGAAUGUAUUAUUGAAGUUGAUGAACAUUUAUUGAAUAUAAUGAAAUAUGGAAUUAAUCAAUUAAUUAAUAAAGGAGUUAUUGUGGUAUUAAAAAUACAUAAUGCAAAACAAGUAUUAUUUGAAAUUAAAAACAAUCCUAAUCUUCAUUUGUGUGCUUAUUCAAAUGAAUUACAUAAAAGUAUCAUUGAUGGGUCUACAAUUCUACUACCAGAUGAUAAAAGAUUAGAAUUAAAUGUCUCAUUAGCAAGCUGUGAAAGUUCUUUACACAAAGUAAUUGAUGCUUAUUAUCCGACGUCAAUAUUUAUUAGAGGUAAUACUGCUAUCCCAAAUAACAGUAAUAAAAGUUUUUCUAAAAGAACAUUAGACAACUCUGCUUCUUCACCAAUCAUACAAUCCUUAGAUUUAUCUUCUUUUUCUUGUCUUGAACAAGUUACACUUGAAGGAAUUAAAAUAGUAAACCAAAAACACUUUCUUUUACCAACAUCUUUAACAUACCUUUCAUUGUGUGACUGUGAAGACGUUAAAUCAAUCAUCAUUCCAUCAUCAUUAGUACAACUAAAUUGUUCUAAUUGUACUUCACUUUCUUCAUUUCAAACUAGCACUGAUCCUAAACUGAAAAUUCUUCAAAUUGACCAUUGUAAUUCCAUUAAAUUCAUUCAUUGUCCUAACUCUGUUAAUCAAAUAGAAAUUAAAUACUGUACAUCGUUAAGUGAUUUAGAUUAUAAUAAAAAUGUUGAAUCAAUUGAGAUUCAUAACUGUUAUUUAUUAAAACAGAUUAAACCAGCACAACUAACUAAAUUGGUUCUUUGUGGUUGUUCAAUUUCAAACUUAACUGAUUUACUUCAUUGUUCAUUAAAAGAAUUAAAGAUUAAUACUUCAAAUAUUCCUAAAACAUUAGUUAUUCCAACAACACUAACAAAACUUGAUCUUCAAAACUGUGAUGGUUUAUGUGAAAUUGAUAACUUAAACAAAUGCAAUUGUUUAUCAACAAAAACAAAAGAGAAAUACCUCAGGUUAUCAAAAAGUUCAUUAAAAAAAAGAAAGAGUGGGGUUAAUUUCCUUUGA